CCUGAAAUAAGCAGAAGAAGAAGAAGAUUGGUGCUGGAAAUGGUUUAUUGUAACUUACGUUCACAUUGAGGAAAAAUCUCAUCUGGGUUAGCAAUGAGACAUUUUUUGUUUCUCUGGAUUUUUCAUUCAUGGAAUCUGAGUCGUGCCUUGUUAUUUUUUUUUAGAAUAUUAAAAUAACAUAUUGCUUCUACUUAUUUUUAAGGUGGUAAUGAACAUCCAUCAAUCAUCGAAGUGUUACAUGGUGUUUUGCAGAAGAGUUUGUAACUUUAACAAUUGUCACAUCAUAACCACAAUCUAUUUCAUUGGGAUUUAAGUGAUUUGGCAAAACCAAAUCACUUUUGCUGCACCAGGGAAAAAGAGAUGCAGUUUUCUAAAAUUGUCAUGAACGUUCAGCUCAGAGCAGGAUCAAAAUGCAUACAGGACUGUAGAGCAGUCGUUGGAGACAUUUACUAAUGGAAAAAAGACCAAACUUCCAAAAUCAGGAAUAUGAAGGGAGUGUCGCAGAAGGAACCAGUUGUGAAUAACAAGUCGGGGAGGUAAAUGUACAAAGGAAGGAGUGACAAAAGAACCAAUUAUAAGUACCUUACAGCAGAUGGGCAGUAAACAGGAAGCUGGAUGAGAAGACAAAACAAAGAAAAACCAAAGCGUAACAGAAAUAAACACGAAAUAACAAACAAAUCCAACACUCCAAUGAGACAUGACUGAACUAACAGAAGGAAUAAAGCUGGAAUGAGAGACGAAUGAAAAAUGAAAAAAGGAAAUAACAUAAUCAAAGGUCCAAAACGGCCAGCGGUCACAACAGAGGUGUCCUUUUCAAAUCUAAAAUCUGCAAAGUUUUCAUUUUGCAAAGUAGAACAUUGAAAAGUCCCCCCUCCUCCCGUUACAUCUAAUGAGACCAAUGACAAACUAAUGAGUCGUGUUCACAUCCUGCCUAGUUUAAAUGUGAUGUUCUACGGCGCGCUGCUUACAUAAUAUUCCCGUCUGUUGUUUCUCUCCUGCUCCUUUUUUCUCCGUCAAAAGGCCCAGGAAGUCGAAAUGGUCCGAGGAGUUUGAAGAGAGGCAGAGAAGACAUGAAGGUCUUCGAGCGAGCCACUUCAGUUUCAGCACAAGUCCAGCCGGUUAAAGGCGCCUCACUUUCGUGGGCUGCAGAGCAGCAGCUGUGAAUCCUCCGGAGCGAUGGCGGCUGUGGGGGAGGAGAGGCUCGGAGGAGGCAGGAGGGCCUCCAGGGUCACCAACCCACCAGAGGGCGGCUGGGGCUGGAUGGUCGUCGCCAGCUGUUUCCUCGCCACCAUCUGCAUUCGGGCGGUGACGAGAUGUGUUUCCAUGUUCUUCGUGGAGUUCCAGAUGUUCUUUGAGAGAGAUUACUCCACCACUGCUUGGAUCCACAGUAUGAUCGACUGCACCACCAUGCUCUGUGCUCCUCUUGGUAGUUUUCUUGGGAACCGGUUGUCCUGCAGAGUAACAGUGUUUCUUGGAGGACUUCUGUCCUCUGCAGGCCUGGUCCUCAGCUCCUUCGCCUCCAGUCUGGAAUUCCUCUAUGCUUCGUUGGGAAUCCUCACAGGUCUUGGCUAUGCCCUGAGCUACACAACGUCUAUAGCGAUGGUUGGAAAGUACUUCAGUGAGAGGAAAGCGCUAGCUUAUGGAAUUGCUCUAUCUGGGAGCGGCAUCGGCACCUUUCUCCUGGCCCCUGCUGUUCAGCUGCUUAUCGAGCAUUAUUCGUGGAGAGGAGCUCUGCUCGUCCUGGGAGGAUUUGUUUCCAACCUGUGCGUUUGUGGCGCUCUGAUGAGGCCGCUGGAGCAGAACCCAGCUGAAAGGAUAUGGGAGAACAGCAUGACAAACGUGGAGAAACCCUUCAUGACUGCGGUGCUGCAAACUGAGCUCACUGAACCAGUGACCACCGACGGGGGCCGAGAGAACCCGAAGCAGCAACAAAUCCACGGUUCGGAGGACAAACCGGGCCUCGUCAUCAUCAAUGGAACCUGCAAGAACUUCGGACUUGAAAAAGGCAAGCGUCAGCAGAGUUUCACACUAUUUCCAAGCCCAAAGCAGACUGCUGCCAGGGUGAUGGAUAAGAAAAUGGCAGACUGCCUCCUGUUAAGCAACAAGCUGGAGACAAUGCUGGAGGAGACGGGUUUGUCAAGUCCAUCGAUUCCAGACAGCAGCAGGAAAGACACCUGGAUGAAAGCUAAUGAAAAAAGAGACAACUCCAUGUCUAAUGAAGUGACAUUAACAGACGAAGCAGUUCCUACUGAACUGUUGGUUUCCUCACAGCCGUUGUCCAGAGGCCAGUCUUUGUUUUUUAAAGUGAAGGAAGAGUUUAGGUUCCUGUGGUUUCCCAGAUUCCUGGUCCUGUCCGGGUCCUUUGUGUUUCUGGCGUUUGGCUGCAGCGUUCCAGUAGUUUACCUCGUCCCUUACGCUCUGAGUGUCGGGGUGGAGCACCAGCACGCCGCCUUCCUCAUGUCAAUAUUUGGUGUCAGUGGAAUUGUGGGCAACAUCACAUUUGGAUGGAUCACAGACAGGACGUGUCUAAAAAGGCAUCGCCUGCUCAGCUACAUAGUGGCCAUAAGCAUGGAGGGUCUUUGUUGCGUGUUCCUGCCCUUGCUCCGUUCCUUCCCGCUCCUGGUGCCGUUUUCCGUUCUCUACGGAUACUUUGACGGGGCGUAUGUGGCGCUGAUACCAGUCGUGACUUCCGACACUGUGGGCUCCACCCAUCUUGCCUCAGCCUUGGGUGUGGUGUACUUCCUGCAUGCCAUCCCAUACUUGGUCAGCCCACCUAUAGGAGGUUGGUUUGUAGAUCGGACUGGGAACUACGCAUUAACCUUCUUCAUCAGCGGUGCUUCCUUCUUCCUCAGCUCUCUGGUCCUCGUGGCGGCGUCUUUAGCUACGCGUCUGACGGCGCUGUGCGAAAGGACUCCAGGUCAAGGAAAACGCUCAAGGGAAACAAAUCAGUCGAAGAUUGUGCCCGUUUUCUCGCAAAACGAAACACUCACGGUGCCUUUGCGGAAGCAUUAAUACCCCUUGAAUUGAUUCCCAUUUUGUCACGUUACGACCACAGCUGUUCUGUUGUUGGGAUUUUAUGAGUUAAACCAAACACUGCCGAGGAGUGGAAGGAGAUGGAAUCAUUUUUCUUUUCAACGGUUUUCUAUAAAAUUUGGAAUCUGUGACAUGUAGUUGUAUUAGUUACU